AUGGCGACUCAAAACGGUAACAAGGAUCUCGACAUCAACCAAGGCGGUGAUGCAACGAAGAAGACCUACCACAAACAAGCCACCGGCCUAGCAGCGAAGACAGCAGAACGCCACUCUGCUGAAAAUGACCUCAAGCUCUACGGUUCCUGCUUCUGCCCCUUCGUCCACCGCGUCUGGAUCUCUCUCGAACACAAAAAGCUCGAAUACGAAUAUGUGGAAGUAGACGUCUACCGCAAGCCCAAACUCCUCCUCGACAUCAACCCACGCGGUCUGGUCCCAGCACUCCGCCACGGCGACUGGGGCUGCUACGAAAGCACGGUCCUGAUGGAGUAUCUUGAAGAUCUGCACGAAGGGAAGCCAUUGUUACCGUCCGACCCGAAGCUGCGAGCCCGUAGCCGACUCUGGUCGGACCACAUAAACCGCCACAUCAUCCCGCUCUUCUACCACUACCUCCAAGCCCAAACCCUGGACAACCAAACCAAGUACGCUGGCGAAUUGACCGAACAGAUCGCCAAGCUCGUCUCAGCCGCCGACACCACCGGCCCUCUCUUCCUAGGUAAAGACUUCACAUUCGUAGACGUCCAGAUGGCGCCAUGGGUCAUCCGGCUCGAGAAAGUCCUGAAACCCUACCGUGGAUGGCCGGACCCAGAGCCAGGCAGUAGAUGGGAGAGGUGGGUCAGGGCAAUAGAGGCGAACGAGGCGGUCAAGGUGACGACGUCGGGGGAUGAAUUGUAUUUGGACUCUUAUGAGCGGUACGCGGAGAACAGGCCGAACACAAGUUUGGUGCAGGCGGCUGUUAAUGGUGGCAAAGGGUUGCCUUGA